AUGGACACAAGGGGCCAGCCUGGCCUUGAGAUUAGCAUUCACAUUUACCUUGGGACCCCAUCCAGUGACAAACACACUCUGCAGUAUCUCUACACUGCAGUCACACCUGGACUUACUGAUUUCCCAGAGUUCACUGCUGUGGGUCUGCUGGACGGAGAGCAGUUUAUGUCCUACAGCAGCGACAACAGGAGUCUGAUCAUAAAGGACUGGAUAAAGAAGACUAACAGUGAGACCUACUGGAUGAGAGAGACACAGAACAUGCGUGGCAAUCAGCACACCUUUACCAACACGUUUACUACAGCAAUGAAAGAGUUUCAUCAUAGUGAAGGAGAUCACACGCUACAGAGGAUGUUUGGCUGUGAGUGUGAUGAUGAUGAUGUCACCACUAGAGGAUACGAUCAGUACGGUUAUGAUGGAGAAGAUUUCAUCAGUCUGAAUCUGACAACUGGAACCUGGACUGCAGUUAAACCUCAAGCUGUGACAAUCAAACUCACCUGGGAGUCUAAAGGUUAUAAUAAACACUGGAAGAACUUCCUGGAGCGUGACUGUAUCGAUCUGUUAAAGACGUACACGUCUAACAGCAGAGACACUCUGAACAGAAAAGUUCGUCCCGAGGUCUCAGUGUUCCAGAAACGCUCUCCUUCUCCAGAGGUGGUGUGUCACGCUACAGGUUUCUUCCCCAAACCACUAAACAUGACCUGGCAGAAGGACGGAGAGAACGUGCAUAAGGACCUGGAGCACAGAGAGACGUUACCCAACCAGGAUGGAAGCUUCCAGAAGAGAAGCAUUCUGAAAGUCCCAGCUGAGGAGCUGCAGAAACACAUCUACACCUGCGUGGUUCAGCACAGCAGCUUGGAGAAGGAGUUAGUGCAAGAAGUACCAAAAGGUGGAGGAUCAGAUGGAGGAUCAGGUGGAGCACUGAUUGCUAUCAUCACUGCCGUAGUCGCGGCUCUUGUCGCUGUUCUCGUUGGAAUUUUGGUCUGA